AUGUCCUCCGCCGAGUCCCGACCUCUCGAUAAUCUCCCCACUGAACUCCAAACCAGCAUAAUCCGCCACCUAGACCCCAUCACUCUAAUCGCCCUCUCCCAGACAAACACCUACUACCGGGCCCUAAUAAGUCCACGAAAACCCCACUUCGUCGAGCGUCUGCUUGCCCUCGAAUGUGAUGAGCGGUACGGCGGGCCACCGAUUACAGUCACACGCUUCGGCAAGCCCGUGCCAGAUUGUGAGAGUGCCGAGUGGGAAGCGAAUCGCUGGGCGUGUACUAGUUGUCUGAAGUUGAGGCCGCAUUAUGCGUUUACGAACCAGGCACUGUUGAGGCUUGCUUAUCGAAAGCCUCCGGCUGCAGCACAGCGUUACGUUGUUACGAGCUGGGAGCCGACGGGGGUGCAGAGACGGGAGAGAAGGAAGAAGAAGAAGAAGAAAAGUGACAAUGAGACAAACGCAAAUUUGGAUUCCAGAUGGGAUUUAAAGAAUCCUCCACUCGAUGGCAACAGACAGACAAAUGCGCAGGCACAUGGGUAUUCCCUCGAAGAGCGCGAAAUCCGCAAACGAACCCGCAUCGUGAUGGGCGGGGUGUGGAACGAGAUGCCGGCCAAGCAUAACCUCACUACACGCCUGGCCGAGUUCCGCGACUCCGGCAUCCCCGCGUUCCAGGAAAUGACGCUUGAGCAGUUCGCGCUGAUGGGCAGUUGGGCGCUGUCCGUCCUCCUCGAGAACGACGCGCAGGAGCUCAGUCUCCUUCGCGCGGGAACGAACCGCCAUCAACGCCGUUGUAUCGAAUGUCGCUUCCACAGGAACGAAUUCAAUAACCCCAGGCGGGCUAGCUGCGACAGCGGCGGUGGGUUAGGGGACCAAGACCGUAUUGGGCCGGACGAUAUUACUAUCCUGCCAUGUCGCCAGAGAACCCUGGAUACACCGAUCGACCGAUAUUUCCCUGGAGUGUGCGACGUCCUGGAACAUAAGAGACCAGCGGGAAUUGCACCGCAGUUGGCCUUCCGCGUCGGCCGUACCGACGCAUACGACGCAUCCUGGACGACGUACAGGCUCCGCUGUCCGCGCUGCAAGACAUGGAAAGAGAUCCGCGCGUUCCGCUUCGACCAUGCGUAUCCCAUGUGGAGGCCAAAUGCCGUUGACGGGAAAAAUUACGUCUAUACCACCUGGGAUACGGCGGACGUUACGCUGGGGAAGUUGCGGUGUAACCACUGCUUUGCUGCGCAGAGCGGCCGUGGAGCUCUAGGGAAGGAAUUGGUGCGGUGGUUGGAGGUCCUUCUGGGGAAUGAGAUCCUUAAUAUACAGGCUACCCUCGCCUAUGGGUUCGGCAUCGCGUCUCGGAACGCAGGCAGUCUGGCAUACAAAAUCACAUCAGAUACGGUGCCCACAUCAAAAGACGCAAGAAAAACACGGUUUACUCGGGAUGAUGUUGUAAAGCUGAGGGAGCGCUGGGAGCAAUGGAUGGCUACUGGUGAUAUUACUGCAAGCGUGAAUGCUUAUGGAAACCCACUCGGGCGGUGGAUAGAGCAGUAUGCAGAUGCCGAGGCGAUGUGGUACUGGCUGAAGGGGUGUUUGGAGGAGGUUAGCCAAGAUGGGAUCGGGGAUGUGCUUGUUGAGUGGGCCUUGACGAGGGAUAGGCCCGUUGAGUGUUGA